CGCAGCUCUCGUGGUCACGCAAUCUUUAUUAACUCUAAACGACCGCCUCUUUGUGUAAAAGAACUUUUCAAAGAACAAUGCCCGCUUUGGAAGAGAGUGGGAACGUAGCUUCUUGGCCAGCAUCAAAAGCUAGGCAUCAAUUUCGUACAAAUCCAGAGUAUGAGGGGAAAUCAACGUCGGGAUUUUGUAUGCGACAUGUUCAGACAAAUCUGGCGAUCCUUCCAGCUUCACUGGCCGAUGAAUUUGAACAGUUCUGCAAUUUAAACAAAGCUCCAUGUCCAUUAUUGUACAAAAGCAAACCUGGUGAACUAUCUGCUGGAAAUCUCGCCCAGGAUUCUGAUGUAAGAACUGAUCUUCCAAUGUAUUGGGUCUCUGAGAAUGGAAAUGUCACUAAGAAAGUGGGAAACCUAACCAGUUAUCCUCUGGAGGACUAUGUGUCCUUUUACCUUGGAUGCAGCUUUUCCUUUGAAGAUGCAUUGAUGAAAGCUGGCAUUGAACUGCAGCAUAUUGUAAAAAAGCGCAAUGUAUCAAUGUUUAAAACUAACAUUUCAUGUUUGCCUGUUGGGCCAUUUGACUGUCCUAUGGUUGUUUCAAUGCGACCAAUUCCCAGAGAAUUGGUUGAAAAAACAGUUAUUGUCACAGCUGCCUAUGAUGCAGUGCAUGGAGCCCCAAUACAUAUCGGUGAUCCAUCAGUGAUAGGAAUCGAUGAUAUUGAUAAGACAAACUUUGGGGAAUCUUCUGAUGUUGCUGAUAUGAUACCUGUGUUCUGGGCUUGUGGUGUAACGUCAUCAGUUGCAGUAAGAUCAGCAAAACUACCACUAUCAUUCAGUCAUCAGCCUGGGUCAAUGUUCAUAUGUGACACCACUUUGGAAGAAUACUUUAGAGUCAAUAAACCUGAACAUGGCGAUGAACAACCCAAACUUAUCACUCUGGCAGAUCAACCAUUUUUAGCUUCUGUCUGCUCUGAAACUGCAUUUAAAAAAGUGGAAAAGCUCAGUAAACUGUUGGGUCAUCAGAGUGGUUUUGAAGGAGAUGUCUAUGAUUCUGAUUUCCUGAAGAUUUCUGCCAGAUUGUCCCAUGCUCCAUCUGUUGUUAUAGGCAUUCUUGAUGAGGAAAUAAUACCUUCUUCUGAUUUGGCAACUUCGGAUGGUCUCCAAGGAGUUAUAACUUUGGUCAAAGCACUUCAGGCAGUGAAGAAGAAGAUCACAAUUAUCACAGAACACAAUUCACAAGUGAUUCAUGACUGUAUCACAGCCAAUGCUUCCCAAGGAAUAUCAGAAAAAGAUGUCCACGUUGUUACAUUGGAGGACAGUGGGAACUUGAAGGACAGACUUUUUACUGGGAAUGUAAAUCACAAACUGGAUACAGUGAUAGCUUUACAAAUGACAACAGAGUUUAGCAAUAGCAAUAGUGGAUCUGAAAGGACCAUUCAAGUUGGUUUAGUGGACAAAUUAUUUCAGGAAGUUUAUAGCUUUCAAAAUGGAAUUGUGUCAGUGAAAAUCACCACCAACAGACAGGAGACAUUGCCAAAUGGCAAUUACAGUUCAGUUUAUAGUCAUGUUAUGGUUGCCAACUCCGUGCAGACAGCUGCAUUGGGUCUUUCUGCUGCCUUAUAUGUCCUGAAUAGCUGUCCAAUUCACUCACGGUAUCAACGGCAUGGUAUUGGCAAAAGAGAAGUCUUCCAAGUUGGGCAAUUCCUUGUGAACAACACUGAACAAGAAAAAACAUGCCACCAGAUUCUUGACUGGAUUAAAGACAUCUGAAGAUUCAUUUUCAAGAACUAAAUUUGCUUUAAUGUUUUAUGAAUUCCAUGCAGACAAUUAUCGCUGCAUGUUUUUCUUCUUCGAAACAAAACUGAUUUUGUUUUGUUUUUUUUUUUUGGAAGGGAGGGGAGGCCUCAUCAUUUGGUGAUUUCAGGCAACAAAUAAGAAUAAAAGAAUCAUAGGCAAGCAUUUUUUAAUUGAAGUUUUAAGAUUUGAAAAUUUUGUGCACUUCGAACUGAGUGGCAAAUAUUUGUCAAUGAGGAAAUGGAAAUAAGACACAUAUUUCUCCCUUCUCAUUGAACAACCCACUUUGCAAUAUUCACAGGUUUGACCCAUCAGUGGGUUUCUUAAUACAAAGCUGCCCACAUGAAACAUUUUAAGCCUUUAACUCCCAUGAGUGAUUCACAUGUAACUUCUCCCUAAAAUAUCCAUUCCUUAUCCAGCAGAGAUAAUGAGAAUUCUCAAACUUAUCAGGUACAAGUUGUUGUCUUGAUCUAACACCAAAUUCUCAUAACUGAUUUAUGUGGAAAUGUGUAGCAGCUAGAGGGGAGAAUUAACAAUCAGAUCUUAGCAGUUAAAAGGACAAUUAAUUAAAGUUCUCAACCACAUAUUUCUCUAAUUUUGGUAGUGAAUGUUAUUGAAAAAGGUGGGAAACUCAUGACUUUUUGGCUUAGCUGCUGGUAAAGAUCUUUCUUUGAUAUCUUUCAGAGGUAGAAGGGGACGUAUUGUACACAAAAUGACUUCAGGAGGUUGGGGUUCUUACUUGGUUUAGAAGACAAAGUUGACAUAAAACGACAAAGAACCAAUUGGUUCCCAUUUGGUUAAUGUUAACCCCAUCGUGUUUGUCUUUCUUUGCAAACUAAUAUUUUAAAGUUUCACUCCUGUGGUCAUCAACAAAAACAUCUCAGAAUGGUUAAGAAGAUUCUUUAAUUUAUUUUAAAUUUCAUUUUUGGUAAUGUCUGUGUGGCAAAAUAAAAUGAAGUGAUUACGUGGCUACAGCAA